AUCAACUGUGGAGCAGCAGUGAAAGAGAUGGUGGUUGGACUACACCACGUGAUGAAACCUACUUCCUCUAAAUAUAAAACUUGCCCUCUUUCUCUCUAUCUCUUUUCUUUUUGUGAUCUGAGGGUGAUUGAUUUGAUAGAAAGAUGGCGGGGAUGAGAAUCACCAAUCAGAGCGUAGGGAAACAGCCGCCUCUGAUUCUGCCCCACCAGGUGACCGGAGUGGCACCAGGUACGGUCCCGAUGCGCAUCAAGACCUCUCAGAGCAGCGGGGAUCGCCUGAGUCAAACCAAGUCCAUGGUCCUGCAGGACCCCGACCUGCCUCCCAGAACUAUCUCUCGCCACCGGAGGAACCAGUCUCAGCAUAACAUUGGUGGAGCUGGAGCCGUAGAGACUCCUGUUGUUUUGAAUGGUGAAUAUUUGAAUAAAGCCAAAAUAUCCGAAGGAGGCAAAAAACUGAGGAAGAAUUGGACUUCAACUUGGGUAGUCCUGGACACAGAUAAACUUCUGUUUUAUAAAGAUAGCAAGCAAGAAGCCCUGACAAAUUUGAAACCUGGAUGCAGUCCUGAUGGGAUGGAUCUCUGUGGGGCCGUGGCUGAAUGGACAACGGAGAAGUCCAGCCGGAAAAACGUGCUUCAGAUAACAACCAGCUCCGGCAGUGAGUUCCUUCUCCAGGCUGACAAUUACCACACUAUUUCUAAAUGGCAUGAUGCUAUUAAAAGGACAGCUGACAAUUUGUCUAAAGGAGCUGCUGGGAAGGCCUCUGAUAAGCCUGGCAUACGAAGGGCAAACAGCACAGAGUACCUACCUAGACAUGGGUUGCCUAGCAAGACACUGUCACUGCCAAGACCUGCACCUGAGUCCCUCUGCACAAAGGAACCCAAACCUGAACACAGACGCUCACUCAAAGUGUUCAAGUCUUCCAAGCUCACCUACAGCAUGUCGGACAGUGCUGAUAAGAAUGGGGUGAAGAACAGACUCAAAAAGUUCAUCACAAGACGGCCCUCUAUGAAGACUCUACAGGAGAAAGGCAUCAUCAAAGAUCGAGUGUUUGGCUGUCCCUUGUUGGCACUUUGUGAGCGGGAAGGGACCACUGUGCCAAAUUUCGUCAGGCAGUGUGUGGAGGCCGUUGAAAAAAGAGGUUUAGAGGCUGAUGGCAUCUACAGAGUGAGUGGUAAUCUUGCCACCAUCCAGAAAUUACGAUUCUUGGUUGACCAAGAGGUGGAGUUUAACCUGGACGACAGCCAAUGGGAGGACAUCCACGUUGUCACCGGGGCGCUCAAGAUGUUUUUUCGGGAGCUGCCAGAGCCGCUGUUUCCCUUCCCAUUCUUUGAGCUGUUUGUGGAGGCCAUCAAGACGAAGGAAUGCAAACAGAAGGUACAGGUGAUGAAGAAGCUAGUACUUCAGCUCCCUAAACCCAACCAGGACACCAUGAGAGUACUCUUCAGACACCUGCAGACGAUUCUGACGUGCUCGCAGAAGAACCUCAUGUCGACCCAAGGCAUCAGCAUUGUGUUUGGCCCGACACUCAUGUGGCCUGAGUUGGACUGUGGGAACAUGGCGGUUAACAUGGUCUAUCAGAACCAGAUAGUGGAGUUCAUCCUCAUUGAGAGCCCAGAGAUCUUCGGCCUGCAGAAGAAGUGAUAGGGACAUUUCAUCUACAGCUAUGGAUGAAACAGACAAGAGGACUUACUGUGCCUAAAGCUUGGAGCGAGUUGCUAGUAUUACUGUAAUAUAUUAUUAAUAGGGAGGAUGUACACCUUAUGUUAAAGUGUUAGUCAUUUAAAAAGGGGAUAUAAUUUAUAUUUUAUUAUAAACUGGGUGAUUCGAGCCCUGAAUGCUGAUUGGCUGACAGCCGCGGUGUAUCAGACCGUAUACCACGGGUAUGACAAAACAUGUAUUUUUACUGCUCUAAUUAUAUUGGUAACCAGUUGAUAAUUGCAAUAAGGUACCUCGAGGGUCUGUGGUAUAGGGCCAGUUUCCAGGCACUCCGCGUUGCAUAAGAACAGCCCUUAGCCUUGCUAUAUUGGCCAUAGACCACACCCCCUCGGGCCUUAUUGCUUAACUAUAUCACUAUUAUUUCUGUCAGUUUGAACCCAGUAACUAAACUGUAUUUUAGUGAAUUAGUAAAUCCAUAAUAGUAAAGGAGGGUAUUUUGUGCUCUGAUUCGUCCAUUAACUUUUACUGCACAGUUAUCAUGAAAGAAGUACGCACACAAUAAGUGAUGCUAUGUUGAGUUGUUUGUGCAUACGUGUGCCUGUGUGAUGCAUUCAAGUGUUUUUAUUCAAGUCUUUGAAUGAGCAUCAUCCUAAAUACCAACUCCAAACUGCAGCCGUCUGUGAGUAUCUGUUUUUUUUAUAUUCUAUGCAAAUGGAGCCUGUCUCAGACACAUUUGGAAAUUAAAAAGAAGCCUUUGAAUACGA